GUGUUGCCCAGACCCCUUUGGAGGAGAACAGGAAGAAGAUACCUGUGGCUACUGAUGAAUGCAGAAGGUAAAGUGUUCAUGUUUGUGUGCACUUGCAGCAAAUCAAUUAUUAAUCAGUCUAUUGUUCCUUUGCAAAAGAAAUCUAAGCUUGGAAGCAACUUUUGUAGAUGAACUACAUGUUCGGAAGAAUGCUGUUUUUCUCGUGAAUUUGAAGCAAUUUCAGUGGACAGCCUAUUUCACGUACCUUUUCAAUGGCCUAACUACAAGUCAAAUGUAAACCAUCGAACAUAUUUCACAGAGAGAAAUGAAAUCAAAGUUACCUUCGUGAAAUUGCUGUUACAUUAGACAGACGUUUUUCAGCAACUAAAGGAGAAAGUUGAAUAAAAGGCCGACACAAACUGCGGAAUAUAUUUUCAAACUUUGCAGUUUCAAUGCUGCAAAUUGCACGACACUUUCAAAGCCCAAGCAGAACUUCACCAAAGACAAUUGUUAGGUGCUUUCAAUUUUGGUUAACAGUAACUGGCCAUUUGGUUGCGCAUUCCGCUUGGUUGCAGAUUCCGCUUGGUUGCGCAAAAUAUUUAUCCAUAAAAUGUUAAAAUCCUUUUAUUCGGUUUACCAGGAGCCAGUACAACUGAUUUGAAACAGCACCCUUUUGCGGUUUAAGGCAAUUUCGGCAAAAUGUCAUUUCCGAGCUCAAAUUUUCGCCAGUCCGUCAACUUCGACCUGCUCAAGGCAAAGAUAUUCUACUUCUGUUUUGUUUCAGGUAUGAUGACAUUGCUACCAUACCUCUAUCUCUAUUACAAACAUGUUUUGUUCCUGUCCCCAUUCCAAGUGACAAUUUUAGUGGCAAUCCGACCACUUUGUCUCAUCAUUGGUGCACCAAUUUUAGGAACAAUUGCUGAUAAGACAAAUAACUUCAAAACAACUAUUCUUAUAUGCCUGGGUGGCUACAUUGCCACUUAUGGAUUGGUCACUUUGAUUAAGCCAGUGGAUGGCUUCAACUGCCAGGAUUUAAUUACUGCAAGAGCUGCUCAAAAUUCCAACAUUACUUCAAUUAAUAACAGAAGUAAGGAGUUCAAGUUUCUCCAAGCUCUUAAUCAAAGAAAGGAGUAUUUCUACCCAGGGAGAUUGAUGGAGGAUUCCUUAUAUUCUUGGCCAUUUAGUAUGAAUGAAUACGAGAAAACAGAGCAGAUAACUGAAGGACUGUUUUUCACAGUUUUAGGGAUUACAGCUGCAGGUGAAUUGAUAAGCUCACCAGCAUAUACAUUUGCUGAUGUGUAUACAUUGCAGAUGCUUGGUGAUCAGACCCACAGGUAUGGGUUCCAGCUGCUGCCUGGUGUCAUUGGCACAGCAAUAGUUUCUGUUAUCAUGCUACUGUUAACACAUGCAAAAAUAAUGAAAAUUUCAUCAGCCUGUGAUAAGAGUUUGAUUCUUGCUGACAAGCCUUACUUGAUCCAGUUCCUAGUCUUCAUGGUCCUUAGCUUUGCUGUGGCAUCAUUAUUUCAUUAUCAUCUUAACAAACCUUUGAAGCGAAAGAGCAGUAGCAAAGCUGGCAUGUUGUGCACUGAGUGCAAGCUCUUUCAGAGUAUUUUGAUGAUAAUGAAGAAUUCUUUCCAUGCUAGCUUCAUGCUUGUUGUGUUGUUAUGUGGUCUGGCAGAUGGUGCAAAAACAUCUUUUGCUUACACAUUCAUUGCAGAUCUUGGCACUGCUAAGGGCAGAAAUCAUAUUCUUCCACUUAUUACUGCAACUCAUUUUAUCUCUCAUAUCGUAUUUCUUACACUUUCUCCUUACCUAAUUAAAAGGUUUGGCCACAUACAGCUGGUGGCCAGUGGAAUUUUUGUCUAUGCAUUGUCCUUUAUAGUGUAUGCCAUGAUUAAUGAUCCUAUAUGGGUUUUUGUUGUUGAACCUCUAGAUGGUAUUGCUAGGCAGCUUGCAAAAGUUGCAAUAAUUACGUAUGUUGGCAGCCCAACUGGUAUUGGAGCUGCUCUACAGGGUUUUACUCACUCUAUUUACCUUGGAAUGGGUACAAGUAUUGGCACUUUAAUAUGUGGUUUUCUUGUACACAAAUAUGGCUACAUACUUGUCUUUUCCAUUAUGGGAGUAACAUGCCUUAUUGGUUUUGCUUUCAUUCUGGCUGCUGAUCACUACUGGCCUGCUGAAAAGACAAUUGGAGACAGUUUUGUAACUUAUUCCAUGGUAGUAUCUUCUGAUAGUGAAUCAGACUUUGAUUUUCUUUUGAAAGACAUUGGCAGCGACUUGCAAGAUGGAAAGGCUAACAAUGAUUCAAGUUUUGAUGAUGGUACUGAGAUAAAUGAAAACACUCAAAUAUCAUCCGAGAAAAACUAAGAAUAGGUAGACAAUUAGAAAGAAAAAUAAUCAAGUUUAUUAUUAUUAUUAUUUUUAUUAUUAUUAUUAUUAUUAUUAUUAUUAUUAGUUUAUUGUUUUAUGUUGGUCAUGGUAGUAUUAUCAAUGAUGAUAAUAUUGCCCAAAUACAGCAAAAUUUAAUAAUACUAAUGUCAGUUUGUAUGAUUUUAAUUCUGGUCUUAUUUUGUUAUGUUUUGGUAUGAAAUCACAGGCUCUUUAAUAUUUGCAAGGAAUAAAAUGGCUUAAUCAAGUCCUAUUAUGUCACAGCUGUAUUAAUUUUAUCUCAUUUCUUCAAAGAUUUGUCAUUUGUUUUUGUAAAGAUUUGUUCCAGUAAACAUUUUGGCGUUAAAAUAGCAAUUUCAUCCUUAAUCACAAUUCCAUUUAUAAGCUACCAAAAAUCGUUUUACCAAACCACCUUGUUGAUAUCUUUGUCAGGACACCUUAGUUGAUUGAUCACAGAGCAGAGAAUUUUUAAAGUAUGUUCUUAUUUCUAAGUUGUGUUUGAAUCUUAUCAUGUCACUAAAGCAUUGAGACGGACUGGCCAGGACAAAGUUAGUUGCCAUGCCUUGCUAUUUAUCUAUGAAAUUUCAAUUUUGAAAAUGCAAUUAACCAGUGUUAAAGUAGAAUAAAUCAUAGGUAGUUUAGUGCAAUUUUAAAAGUGGGUAGGGAUAGCAAUAAGUAUCCAUAUUAGCAUUGUUAUGUUAAAUCAUUUGUUGUAUGUUAGUUGUUGUAUAUAGUUCUAUAUUUAAUGUAUUGAACGUCAAGGGUUUGGUUGAA